CUGCUGUUCUUGGCUGACUUCACAUCAGAACUGCUAAGUGGCACGAGACAGAAGCAGCAGUGACACAAACAGGAUUCCAACGCGGGCACCAAAGCCACCACUUGACAGAACAAAGGGCAUUUCAAGACUCAUCUUUUGAUAAAAAAAAAAAAAGAAUCCUAGAAGUCAUGAUCGCUUCACAGCUUCUCCCUGUUCUCACUCUUGCGCUUCUCCUGUUUAAAGAGAGCGAGGCCUGGUCGUACAAUGCCUCCACAGAAACCAUGACUUUUGACGAAGCUAGUGCUUACUGUCAGCAAAGGUACACGCAUCUGGUUGCGAUACAAAACCAAGAAGAAAUUAAGUACCUGAACUCCAUGUUCAGCUAUUCACCAACUUACUACUGGAUCGGAAUCAGAAAGGUCAAUAAGCAGUGGACCUGGAUAGGGACCCAGAAGCUUCUGACCGAAGAAGCCAAGAACUGGGCUCCAGGCGAACCGAACAAUAAGCAAACCAAUGAAGACUGUGUGGAGAUCUACAUCAAGAGGGACAAGGACACGGGCAAGUGGAAUGAUGAGAGAUGCGACAAAAAGAAGCUUGCCUUGUGUUACACAGCUGCCUGUACCCCUACAUCCUGCAGCGGCCAUGGUGAGUGUGUGGAGACUGUCAACAGCUACACCUGUGAGUGCUACCCCGGCUUCAGUGGACUCAGGUGUGAGCAAGUUGUGACCUGUCGAGCACAGGAAGACCCUGGGCACGGAAGCCUGGUUUGCACUCACCCUCUGGGGCACUUCAGCUACAAUUCUUCCUGCUCCGUCAGCUGUGAAAAGGGUUACCUCCCAAGCAGCACAGAGACCACGUGGUGUACUUCCACAGGGGACUGGAGUGCUCCUCUUCCCGCCUGCAAUGUGGUUGAGUGCAAUGCUUUGACAAAGCCUCCCAAUGGCACUAUGGACUGUCUCGAAAGCUCUGGAAACUUCCCAUGGAACACAACUUGUGCCUUUGAGUGUGAAGAAGGAUUUGAACUAAUGGGACCCAAGCACCUCCAGUGUACCUCAUCUGGGAAUUGGGACAACAAGAAGCCAACAUGUAAAGCUGUGACAUGUGAGGCCAUUGACCAUCCUCAGAAUGGGUCUGUGAGCUGCAGCCACUCCCCAGCUGGCGAGUUCACCUUCGGGUCCUCCUGCAAUUUCACAUGCGAGGAAGGCUUCCUGGUGCAGGGGCCAGCCCAACUUGAAUGCACCGCACAAGGGAAAUGGAAUCAGCAAGUCCCAGUUUGUGAAGCUUUUCAGUGCAAAGCCUUGUCCAUCCCAGAGAAAGGCUACAUGAGUUGUCUUCCUAGUGCUUCUGGAAAUUUCCAAAGUGAGUCCAGCUGUGAGUUCUUCUGUGAGAAGGGAUUUGUGUUGAAGGGAUCCAAAAAACUCCAGUGCGGCCCCACAGGCGAAUGGGACAGUGAGGAGCCCACAUGUGAAGCUGUGAAAUGUGAUGCUGUCCGGCAGCUCCAGCAUGGCUCCGUGAGGUGCGCCCAUUCCUCUACUGGAGAGUUCAGCUACAGGUCCUCCUGUGCCUUCAGCUGUGAGGAAGGCUUUGAAUUACGUGGGUCAGCUCAGCUUGAGUGCACAUCUCAGGGACAGUGGACACAGGAGGUCCCCUCCUGCCAAGUGGUACAAUGUUCAAGUCUGACAGUUUCUGGAAAGAUGAACGUGAGCUGCAGCAAGGAGCCUGUGUUUGGCACUGUGUGUGCGUUUGCAUGUCCUGAAGGAUGGACACUCAAUGGGUCUGCAGCUCUGACAUGUGAUGCCACAGGACACUGGUCUGGGAUGCCGCCUACCUGUGAAGCUCCCACUGAGUCCAAUGUUCCCCUGGCAAUCGGACUCGCCACUGCUGGGACCUCCCUCUUGACAUCAGCCUCAUUUCUCCUCUGGCUCCUGAAACGCCUACGCAAGAGAGCAAAGAAAUUUGUUCCUGCCAGCAGCAGCUGCCAAAGCCUUCAAUCAGACGGAUCCUUCCACAUGCCUUUGUAGUCAUUUUAAGUCAAACGGAAUCAGGAACACAGGUACCUCCAGGGAACUAGAGAAAUACCCUGAUGAUGGCAGAGACAGAAAGGGCUCCUCUGGUCUCUGGUACUUCUCAGCUCCCACAUCCACUGCUUUUACAGCUGGGAGCAUGGCACCCAUGAGGACUUCAAGGGUCCACACUCUAGUGGGCGAGGCCAGCCUGCCACCAGCAACACUCAGCUUUCUCUUUCCUGUUCUCAGCAUCUGGAAAGUGCUGGAUGAUGGAGGAAAAGCAUAUUCAUUUCUGGACAAAAGUAAAGAGACUCAGGCUCUGGAAUCUCAGAAUUCCUGUUCUAACUCUCUCCCCUGCUCACUAUGAGAUCUCAGUGGAGAAACACAGUAUUUUUGGUAUUGUUUCUUUCUUUUGCCCCUCACUGUGUCUCAACUACUGGUUACAUGGUUGCUGUCAUGGGGAUGAAUAAUUCUUAGGAGUUUAGGGAAAACAACUUGGCCAAAGAUAUUCUAUCACCAAAGUGCAAAAAAUGAUAAUUUUUUAAUGCCCACAGGCGAGUGCCUGGGGAAAUCCUACUUAAUACUCUGUGUGAGGAUUACUAAGCACAGUCUUAAUCACUUUUAUCCCUGUGGGACUCAGUGCUUUAUAAAGUGCUCUUAGAGAUUGUAUUCUUUUAUUUGCAUUGACUAAAGUACAAUCUUCCCUAAUUCUUAAUUCAAUACAAGUGUUGUAGGGACUUUAAAAUAUGUGCAUGUUAAGACUAUGUUAAGGUAAAAGUUACUUAUCCUAGAUCUUUGUUUAUUAACAAACAUAAUGUUAUGUCUGUAGUAAAUUUAUUUCAAAAAAGGACAAAUGCUGUCCCCCAGCAAUGUAUAAUGUUAACCAGUAUAAAGUUGUGAAUGUUUUACUAUAGUUGCUUUAAAAACAUGAGUAGUGGGGCUCCUGCGUGGCUCAGUCUGUUAAGUAUCUGACUCCUGAUCUCAGCUCAGGUCUUGGUCUCAGGGUCAUGAGUUCAAGCUCCCAUUGGGCUCCAUGCUGGGCAUGGAGCCUAUUUUAAAAAAAAAUAAGUAAAAACAUGAGUAGUGUCAGGAGAGUAGAACAUGAAUGGCAUACGCUUGUACACUGUCAUCUCUGUUUUCAGAGGUAUGUGGUUUUCCAUGAUGAAAAACUUCCAUGAGGCCAAGUGUUCUGAUUUGAAAAAAAGUGUAAAUGCAAACAAAUGAAGGUACACUUUUAUGCAUAUCUUUGUUUAAAAAACUGUAGAAAUAUGGAUGUGCUUUGCAUCCCUACAAAGAUGUUGUCAGAUGCGAUGCAUCAACAUAUAAUUCUUGCAUAUUGUGUAAGAUUUUAAAUUCAUGAUAGGAACUCACCAUAUAAAGGAUUUGUCCAGUGGAUUUUUUCUUUUUUAAGUGGAGACUUUUAAUGUUUAUUCCCUAAUUGCAUUAUUCUGUUUGUUAGGGUGUUCAUGAAGAAAGGAAGGUCUGGAUGAGUGUGUAUUUAUAUUUAUUUAUAAAGGAGGUUAAAAUUCCUAAGGAAUCUCCAGUUAUCACUUGAUCAUUGGCAGUGAGAAAUUCUUGGCCUGUCCAUCGCCAGAGCUUCUCACUCCAUCCUGCAAAUGACAAGAGAAUCAAAACUCUCCCACACUUUCACUAAUCUAGGAUGUGUUGAAAAAGCAAAGUUUCGGACAAGUGCUGCCUGUAUGUUGGCCAAGGCGAAGCCAAAAGCAAACAGGGAGGAAUGCUAAGGGUCAGAAGGUCAGAGAUUUUGACAGAGCGAAAGAACUCUGUGAAAUAAGGGAGAGAGAAAUAAACAACUACUGUGAGCAGGCUACCUAUGGAAUGGAUUAUUAUUUUCUCUGAAAUUGUUCAAAUGCUGUAAAUAUAAAUAUUUAUAUAUACUGCAAUGGAAGUAGCUGUGUGAAAUGUAAAUGUGGUCUGCGUUUCGGUUUAAUAAAGUAUUUUAAAUUAUGAUUUAAAAUA